UCUGAAAUAAACUGAAAUAAAGACUCCAGCUCAGAGUUUAUACUCUCAGACACACUCUGGACUCUGGGCCUGCAUUUUAAUCCAUUUAUUCAAAUUAAUCAUCACUUUUUCUUCCCAAACCCUGUUGGAGUGUGUCAUCUUUUCAGGAUAUUAAGGCUUCCAGGGAUGGAGUCGAUGCCCGGACAGCUUCGAGACGCGGGACGAGACGCCAGCUCUUCCCCCAGUUCAAAGCAUGACGCGCCGAGCUUCUCCGGCCCCAGCUCGCUCAAACCAAACCAAGUGAGUGAGACCGCCCUGUACGGGGUGCCCAUCGUAUGUCUGGUCAUAGACGGCAAGGAGAGACUCUGCCUGGCGCAGAUUUCCAACACCCUGCUGAAAAACUACAGCUACAACGAGAUACACAACCGCCGGGUCGCUCUGGGCAUCACGUGUGUGCAGUGCACCCCGGUGCAGCUGGAGCUCUUGCGGCGCGCUGGGGCCAUGCCCAUCUCCUCCAGGCGCUGCGGCAUGAUCACCAAACGGGAGGCCGAGAGGCUCUGCAAGUCCUUCCUGGGAGCGCACAGCCCCCCAAAGCUACCGGAAAAUUUCGCAUUUGAUGUGACUCAUGAUUGCGCCUGGGGCUCCAGGGGCAGCUUCAUACCUGCCAGAUACAACAGCUCCAGAGCAAAGUGUAUCAAGUGCAGCUUUUGCAACAUGUAUUUCUCCCCAAAUAAAUUCAUUUUCCACUCUCAUCGCACCUCAGAGUCUAAGUAUCUGCAGCCGGACGCGGCCAACUUCAAUUCGUGGAGACGCCACCUAAAACUGACGGACAAAAAACAAUCUGACGACAUUCAUCAUGCGUGGGAGGAUGUAAAGGCCAUGUUCAACGGUGGGAGUAGAAAGAGGACUCUGCCCAUGAGCGGGUCGGGGAUGUCCUCGUCGAUGAAAUCACAGGCCUCGUCCAGCCUGGCCCAAACCAGUUCCUCUGAGAUCCCUCGGAAAACUUUACGCUGCGACGAGGAUCAGGGAAAUAAUAACCUGAGUUUGGUGAGCGGCGCACGGACCUACCCAGUCAUCCCAGUGCCCAGCAAGAGCUUUGCCAUGCUUCAGAAAAUCCCCCCACCUAUGUUCCCCCACCACCCCUAUGGCUUCCCCAGCUAUGGACUAUGUCCGAAAAAGAGCGACGGUUUGCCUGAUGGGAACAAAACCAAUGUCUCUGGUGUGUUUUGGCCUGGCGCAAAGGACGCCCUCUAUCCUGCUUUCCCUAUGUUUUGGCCCACAGCUGGUGGCCUACCCAUGCCGCCCUACACCGGGUCUCCACCUAAACCUCUUACAGAGCUGCCAGGCGUCCGGCAGGCGGAGCUCGACUUGCCGGACCAAAGCGACCGGGGAGCAAACACACCCAAAGACACCAACCACCACCCUCACCAUCAGCAGGACGGAGGAGAGCGCUGUUCCAGCUCACAGUCCUCCUCCAGGAACGACGAGGACAGGUCCGGGGACGAGACCCCUCAGAGGAAAAUUAGCUACAUUUCGGCCUUCAGGCCCGUGGUCAAAGACGCGGAGACCAUCGCCAAACUCUACGGCAACCGGGACAGCUACGGCGUGCGCUCUGGCUACCUGUCCCCGGAUUUUAUCAGCGAGAGCUCCAGUUAUAGAUCGAUAUCACCGGACAGGGACAGCGUGGUGGACGACGAGGACGACGACCUGGACGUGGAUGUGGAGUCCAACCGCGGACAAGACGAAGAGGAGCCGAUCCAGAUCUCGCCGGGUGGGGACCACCAUGACUCCCCUGUGCCGGACCGGGUCUCCUCGGCUGCCGAGGAGAGCCAGGAGCAGCCGGAUGCCUCCAGCCCAGGACCAGCAGCAGCAUCACCGGAGGACUCCGUGCACUCUGGGUCAUCAGAUGAGGACAGACGGAUGCGUAAUGGCUCUCCUAUUCAUGAAGUGUACGCUCAUGAAAAGGACGGCCACGUGCUUCUGAACGAGCAUUCGUCGUUAGUGUCGAAACACUCGAGCAGCCCCCGCAGAUCCAACGGUGUUCAUCACGUGUCUGAAAUACUGAACCAACGCAACGCAACAUAUCAGGAGCAAAAGGACCGACAAGCCGAUGGAGCUUUACGCAUCGACAUCAGCGUGCAUGAAAGAGAUCUGGAGAACAUGGCUAAAGAGGAAUUGCAGAAGCAGCUUGUGGAACAAGUGGAGUUGAGGAAAAAGUUGGAGAGAGAAUUUCAGCAUUUAAAAGAUAAUUUUCAGGAUCAAAUGAAGCGUGAGCUGUCCUACAGAGAGGAAAUGGUCCAGCAGCUGCAGAUUGUUCGAGACACUUUGUGCAGCGAGUUGGACCAAGAGAGAAAGGCUCGUUAUGCAAUACAGCAGAAGCUAAAAGAAGCUCAUGACGCCCUUCACCAUUUCUCCUGCAAGAUGCUCACCCCUCGUCAGUGUACCGGAGCCUGCACCUUCAAACCUCCGCUGCUGCCUCCCUAGUGCCCACCUCGACCCUGCACAUGACCCCAGCACAGCCAAAAAAAAAAACAACAACACACACACACGUCAGCCUCGAGAGCUCUCAUGUGUUCACCUUCCACCUGUAACCCAAGGAUUACCAACCUGCUGUAUAGAUGCACCACUGAUUUUAGCACUUGAUUGAAGACUCGGAGAAGGAUUUGACAGCGAAAUCUCCAAAAAACUAAACUCUUGAGUAAAAGAGAUCUUAAACAUGGAGUUCAUUUUAUGUUGUGAGUCGAAGGAUUGUUGAUCUGACGCUGCAAAGCUCAAACCAAGGAGUCUCUCUGAAUCAAAGUCGUCUGCUCUUUAGGUCCUCUGAAAAGAAAAAACAACACUAUAUACAUAUACAUAUAUAUAUAUAUAUAUAUAUAUCACGUGACGAUGUGCAAUGGCUCGUAUAAUUGUGAUAUUAAGUUCAAAAUGUAUCUCAUUAUUUAGCUUAUGUUGCUUGUUUGAAUGUCUUGAGUUUUUACAUAAUAUUUGUUAUUUAUUGUUCUUUGGUUGAAUUUAUUGUUUAGAUUAUUUGCAACACUGUAUACUGUUGUUAAGCACUUUAAAUGGGCAACCUUUCUGAAUUUGACCAUGACGUCCUAUACCAAAUUCUUUUAUCAAAAAUACGACGGGACAUUAUUAAGAGCACUUACUUCAACAGCCGUUCAGGUUUGACAUCAAACAAUAAAAGAUUUUCUGUCACACACAUUUUGAAGUGAUAAUUAAAAUUUAAAAAAAAAAGCAGUCGAGCCAUUUAUAGACAUCAUGUACAGUUUAAACUGAGUAUUUUAACAUACAUCCCAUAA